AUGCAUAAUACAGGGGUAGGACAUGGUACAGACAAGUGGGGUAAGAGAAGAAGAAUGGAUGGGAAUGAACAUGGAGAGGAAAGGGACAGUAGCGAUGUUGCGGACGAGGAUAGAAAUAUUAGCAGUACCGCUGAUACCCUGCUCAACACACAGUCUGAUGUUCAACUUAGCGAUAAUAUGCCUAUAAAUGUGUACCUGCGUAUUAAGCCAUCAGAUACGGUGCACCAUGUUGUAUCAGGCAGUACGCUCCUGUACAACAACGAAAAGUACACCUUCACAAGAAUAUUUGCAAAAUCAUCACAAAACGAAAUAUUUGAGCAGAUAGGCAAACAAAUGGUGAUAAACACCAUAAAAGGAUACAACUCAACAAUAUUUGCGUACGGACAGACGGGAAGCGGCAAAACAUACACAAUAAAGGGAGACAACCACCAUCCAGGAAUAGUGCCGCGCAUCUUCAACUACGUAUUUGAAUACGGAACGGCUGAUGAGGUGGCGCUGAGCAUGCUGGAGAUUUACAACGAGCAUGUACGUGAUUUGCUGUGUGAUAACGGUGCGUUGAGUAUCAGGGAGGGUAUUGAUGGCACUUAUGUUACCAACUUGGCGCGAGUGGUGGUAACGGACUAUGAAAUGGCGAUGAGUGUGUACAGACAGGGAAGCGGGAUGAGGAGUGUUGGUGUUACAGGGAUGAAUAGGGAGAGUAGCCGAUCGCACUGCGUGUUGGUGGUGUAUUUUAGGGGUAGGGAUGGGGUGGUGGUUAGGGAGAAUAAGAUUAAUAUUGUUGAUUUGGCGGGAUCUGAACGUAUUAGGGGUGAUGAUGUGGGUGACGUAGGGCAUAACAAUGGCUCGUGCAACGUAGGAAACGGUGUUGGCAACACGUAUUAUGGCACGUACAACGUUCAAAAUACUAGUCAUACAGCUCAUAGCACAUCCUGUAUGGUAAACAAACAUUCAACCGCAAAAAGCGCAAGCAUCAAAGAAACAGGUAACAUAAACAAAUCGUUGCUGUCCUUAAGGGAGGUGAUAAAAAAGCUGUGCAAAAAACAGAACGAGCACAUAAACUACAGAGACUCAAAACUAACAUUCCUGCUGAAGGACAGUCUGGGCGGUAACAGCAACCUAACGGUUAUAGGUAAUGUAAAUCUGAGGUACAAAACGGAGAGCAUCCACACUUUACGCUUUUUACAACGUGCCAAGCACAUAAAGAACACGCCUACGCUUACCGUAGACGUAAGAGGCGGUCUCAACGAUAUAAAGCGAGAGUUGGCGGUAGUGUACGGUAGGAACAGAGAAUUGGAGAUGAGAUUGAAGGAGUAUGAGAUGGUGGGUAGAACAAGAAGGGUGGUUGGGAAGUAUUGUGGUGAUAUUGGAUGGGUUAGAGGUGAGAUUGAGAGGGUUAGAGGGAUAGUGGCUGGGAUGAUUGGUGAUGUGGAUAGGAUUGUUAAUGGAUGGUUUGAUAAGAAUAGGUGUGUUAUAGGUAGGAUGGAUGAGAUGUUAAGGUGUAGAGGGAUGGAUGAGAAUGUGGUAAAUGAGAGUGUGGUGAAUGAGAAUGUGGUAAAUGAGAGUGUGGUGAAUGAGAAUGUGGUAAAUGAGAAUGUGGUGAAUGAGAAUGUGGUGAAUGAGAAUGUGGUAAAUGAGAAUGUGGUAAAUGAGAAUGUGGUAAAUGAGAAAGGGCGUACGAAUGGUGGAAUAAGUCAUGUAUACGGGAUUGAUAGGUGCAAAGGUAUAAAAACCAAGUAUGAGAACGCUUGUUAUAAUAAAAUGGAGAAUGAGCAGUGGAAUGGAGAAGAAAACAUGGUAAACAACGAAUCACGUACGAAGGAUAAAAAUAAUACGGAUGGGGAUAAAACAAUGGGCGAGGGUGUGAGCGGCCGAGUUACACGCUUAGCGGAUCAGGGAACAAAGAAAAGGUAA